GGAUGUUUGGUGAUGUGGCUUAGCUUGGAAAUUCAGGAGAAGGAUUCUCUGAAAUAAAAAAAAGCAAUCCGUCCACGGAGUACUCACACAGGGUCAUCAUGCUCAGCAGACUGGCCCAGGGGGUGAACUCCGUCCUGCAGGAGCUCUCUGGAGAGGAACCUCCAGACGGGACACCACAGGAGGGCCUAGUCCCCCAGCCCCUGCCUGAUGAUGGUGAUGAGGCCGCCCUGCAGGAGCCCGGGGUCCAGGCUGACGAAACCCUGGAGACGCUGGCCCAGACGGAGCAGCUGGUGGUCCAGCUGAAGGAGCUUAUCAGGGAGAAGGACAACCAGCUGGCCAGCACCGAGAGACAGCAUAAGGAAGAGAGAGAAGCAGGAGAUGCACGUUUCACAAAGCUCAAGCUCCAGGCUAAAGCCAAGAUGGCGGCUCUGAACAAACAGAUAAGCGAGCUGAAAGGAAAGGAGGGGCUCAACGUCAGUCAGAGCUCAGAGGGGUCCUUCACUGUGGCGCCGGGCGUGGAAGAGGAGCUCCAACAGCUUAGAGCCAAGCUCCAGGAGGAGGAGUCGGCCUUUAGGACCCUGCAGCAGCAGCUUAAGGCGGCCGAGCAGCUCCUGAAUGAGAAGGAACAGGGUCACGUCGAACAGGUUCAUCGUCUGCAGGCUGUGAUUGGAGAGAAGGAUGUUCGCUUUCAGGAGCAAAUCCAGAAGCACGAGGAGGAGCUGCUCACCGUGUCUGCACAAGCUCCAGUGGACACAGAACUACAGCAGGCGCUGCGCUCAUCCCAGAGACGGGUGGAGGAGCUGGAGGAGUCGUUACAUUCACGCCAGCAAGUACUGGAGAUGCUCCAACAGGAGCUUAAUAGUGCUGACCAGCAGAAACAGAUCCUGACCACACAGUUCCGUGAGAUGGAGCAGGAGCUGGCUGACAGAGGCAGACUGAGAGAGGAGGAGAGGCAGCAGUGGAUGCAGCAGGCAUCCCAGACCCAGGCUGAGCUGGGGUCCCUGAGGGCCAGCCUCGAGGCCUCCGAGAGGCAGAGGGAAGGCGAAGCCCAGCAGCGGGCGGCGGAGACGGAGGAGCUCCGCGGAAAGCUGGACGCUGCUGGAACGGAAAGGGGAAAGAGCGAUGGAUUAGAGGCAGAGCUGGCGGCGCUGCGAGCCAGUCUGGAGGUUGCGAUGAGGGAGAGGGAGGGGGCGGAGAGGACGAUGGAGGCGCGCGCAGAAGCGAGAGACGCAGAACUGGCCGAGCUCCGAGAGCAACUGGCGUCCGCGGAGAAAGAGAAAGAGGAGGGGGUGAGGAGAGAAGGGGAGGAGGUGCAGAGACUGGAGGUGGAACUUGCUACCCUCAGAAAGAGCCUGGAGGCGGGGAUGGAGACACAGGGCGAGGGGGUCCAGCUCAAGGAGACUCUGGGAGAGCUGUGGAGGCGACUGCACUCUCUGACCUCUGGAGGGCCUGUGGAGGGGAUGGUGGAGGAGGGGGCAGUGGCUGCGGCAGCGGCUGCCAUCCCCAGUGACCCCGGAGAGUGCCUGGCUGCCCUUCAGGCCCUGGAGGCCAUGAUGCAGCGUCUGAGAGCGGAGCGGGAGGAGAGAGAGGCACAGCUGGACCAGGUCACGGUCAGCAUGACUUCUCUGAGAGGACAAUUGGAUAAAAACACAGCUGAAAGGGAAGACGCUGUUGCCAGGAUACAGGAACUGGAACAACAAAUCAACAUCCAGGUCACCGGUGAGUCAGCGAGUGGCCAUGUGACUGACCCGUCCCAGGAGGCAAGUGGCCAUGCGACUGACUCGUCCCAGGAGGAUUUGAUGAGGGCGGACACAGGCACAGCAGAAGAACAAGUUGAGGUCUCCAGCCUGCAAUCAAAUAUCUUGGCCUUAGAGCAGCAGCUGCGAGAGAAAGAGGAUGAACUUGUUUUCCUCAAGGACCAGCUUGCUGUCUCAAGUCAGCAAAAAACUGAAUGCCAAGAGCCUGAUAAAGACCAGUGCCACGAGGGCACCUAUGUUAUGCAAGACGGCACUGCAGGCCUGCCGGAUAUCCUGGACGACACAACGGAGGGCGAAACGACACUCGUGGCAGACGAGUCCUCCAUAAUGUACACCUCUGCGGAUACCGAGAGUAGCCCUGAGCUCCUCCAGCCUCAGAACGAAUCUCCGGGAGAAUCCAAAGGUGCUUCUUCAGAUGAGAUGGUCACUAGCAGCGACUCUGAAGUUGCCCACAGCAGUUGGACCCUCCUGGAGGCCGUCAACCAGGACGGAGGUCAGGAAUGGCCCUCUGUGAUGCAAGAACUAAGCCAGCUACAGUCCUGGGAGGAAACAGCUGAGCAGGAGAGGUCCACUUCCUCCAUCGUACAGGUGGAGUCAUCCUCAGUCGUUAUUCGGGAGACGGUGCAGUUGACCGUUGGCCAGCAGAUGGCUUCCCUUGUGGAUGGAGAGUCUGGUCCUGGUCAAGUUUUUGCUCAGGUCUUGGCAGAGGAGAUCCAGAAGAAGUACAGCGAGCUGCUGGCUGAGCUGGAGAGACUGAGAGCUUUGGCCUCUGAAUCUGAAGAAAAGGCCCGGGGACUUGAAGAGCACCUCAAGUCUGUCACUGUCAGCAGGGAAGAGGCAGCGACCAGGGCUGUGAGUUACGAGGAGGAACUGAAGGCUGUGAAGGCUGAGAUGGACAAGCUGGCUCAGCAGGUGGAUGCAGCGAAGGUCCUGGAAGAGCAAUUGUCCAGUUUGGAAUCAGACUCUCAAACCAAAGAGCAAAAGAUCCUAGGGCUGCAGGCAGACUUGGAUCAAGCUCAGUGUUCGCUCGUUGAGCAAGAGGGCCAGGCUAGGAUGCUAAGCGCCCAGCUGGAGGACAGGGAGCUUAUUGCCACAGAGCUGGAGCAGAGACUGAGGGACGUGGAGGCGAGACUGUUAGAGGUCACCCAGGUCGAGGAGCUGGCGGAAACGUCCCUUUGUGAAAAAACUGCCGAGAUCGAAGACCUCCAGCUGCGCCUGACUGAGAAGGAGCAGGAGAUGAUGCAGCUCAAUGACAGCAUGAACGCCAAACUGCAGCAAGCUGGCGAGGAGAGGUUCCAGGUUUCCAGUGAGGUCAAGAAGCUUAAACAGCAUAUUUUGGAGAUGGAGAGUGUGUCUGGUGAGCAGGGGAAAGAAGGAGCAGAAGGAGAGAGUGAUGCUGCCCACGACAGCGAAGAUCUUGAUGGCUGGCGUAAAGAGAAAGAGGACUUGUUACAGCAGAUGUCUACUAUGAAAAAAGACGGAAACGUGAUAAAGCGGAAACUGCAGGCGGCUCUGGUGCAGCGUAAGGAGCUAAUGAAAAAGGUUGCUGCUUUUGAGACUCAAGCAGAGAAGGCUAAAGAGCAAGGUGAAGUCGCAGAGGUGAAAACCAGCGCCUCUCCGACUGAUGAGAUGAGCGAGAAAGAGGAGAAGAAGCACAGAAUGGAAGCGUUACUAGAAGAAGCCAGACAGACGUUAAGUGGCAAAGAAGAGGCACUGGAGAAGCUUGAACAUCAAAUGUCAGAGCUGGAGAAAGCUUUGACUGAGGCACAUGCAGAAAAUCAAAGACUGGCUGAGGAGUUUAACAGUACUAGCCAGAGCAAGGGGCAAGAACUGCAGGAUGAGGAAGAGAAGGCAAGUCUGCAAGGCAAAGUAGGAUCCUUAGAAUCUGAGCUUGAGAGGGUUCAGAAAAAGCUUCAGGAUGCCGAGGAGUCACGCAAGGACACCAUCCGCAAAGCUAAAGAGAAAGACCGGCAUCACCGUGACCAGCUAAAACAACAGAGGGUGGACCACAGUGCAUUGCUGGACCGCUUUGAAGGUCAGAGCGGACAGCUGAAUGAGUUGCUUAAUCACCUGAAAGAGCUUGAGGAGAUGCAGAUGCUAAGAGUGAAUGAGGAGGCACCACAGACAAAAGUUCAAGCUGAACCUUUAGUGGAAAAGUCAGAGAAAUCAAGCUCCAGUGAUUGGGUCCAGGAAGACUGGGUGGACUUUGCUGCUCCUGAGACAGAGGCACAGCAGAAAGAGGCAGAGGACCAGUCAUCAGCUCCAACAGCAGCAGUAACAAGCAGCGAAGAUGAGGCCACCCUCAAAGCUCUCAGGGAGGAGAUCGAGGCUGAGCAGGCUGCCCGUGCGGAGCUGGACGGCUGCUUGAAGGAGACCCAGAGUACUCUGUCACUCAGAGAGGCUGAGAUUCUGGAGCUGGGUCAAGAGUUACAGACACUGAAGGAAAAGGACUUGCAGAUUGAUGUGCUCUCCACUGAGCUGGAAGCCCUAAGGGAGAAGUGUGUCCAGGCCGAGGUAUAUGCCGAAAUGCUGAAAAAGGAAGUUGAGGAGGUCACGGCAGCUGCCAAGGCUAGCCUCUCCGACUCUGCCUCUCCUAUGGCAUUGCUGCAGGCUGAGGUGGACGAGUUCAAGCAGUUCCUGAAUGACAAGAAUGAUGAGAUCAUGAAUCUGAGCCAGCAGCUUUCUGACCAGAACACUCUCUUGCAGAAGAUGCAGGAGACUGUGUCUGAGAAGGACCAGCUUAAUACCGCCCUCCGGGAAAGCUUGACGACAGAACAGGAGAAGAGUCAGCGGCUCGAGGCUGAGGUCCCAUUGAGGCAGGAGGAGGACAAAGACAGCAACGCUAAACUCCAACAUCUACAGCGAAAGCUACAAGCUGCUCUCAUUUCUCGUAAGGAGGCUUUGAAAGGGAACUCGACACUAAAAGAAGAGCAUGCCGCUGCAGAGAAAGCUGUGGUGGAGCUUCAGAAGAAACUUGAGAAUGGAGAGGUGGAGCUCAGCAAGCUGAGAGCAGAAAGGGAGAGGCUAAUCGAGGAAGUGGAUCGAAGCCUGGUUGAAAACCAGAGCCUGGGAGCUUCCUGUGAGAGCCUCAAGCUAGCCAUGGAUAGCUUGCUGAGUGAAAAGGAAACUUGUAGACAGCAGGCUGAUUCGGCAAAAGAAAAAGCUGCACAAGAAUCCCGCGAAUGGGAGGAGAAGGUGCAAGGCAUGAAAGACGAGUAUGAAACUCUGCUGAAAUCCUACGAGAACGUCAGUGAUGAGGCAGAGCGAGUGAGGCGAGUUCUUGAAGCUGCUCGCCAGGAGAGGCAGGAGUUGGCGGCCAAGGCUCGUGUCCAUGACGCCGCCCGACAAGAAGCUGAGAAACUGGCAGAGGAAGCCCAGAAGGAGGUAGACACUGUGAAAGACAAGAUGAGGAAAUUUGCAAAGACCAAACAACAGAAGAUUAUGGAGCUGGAGGAGGAGAAUGAACGACUCCGAGAACAAGAAGAAAGGACUGGGUUUAGAAGGGAUGACAGGGAGUUGAAGCAGGAACUUCAGAGAGUUAAGGAGGAGUUGGAAACACUCAGAGUUGAGUUGGAAUCUGCCAAGUCGCAACGAGACUCUUUGGAACAGCAGGCAGUAGAUCUGAUGCAGCAGCUGAGUGAGGAGAAGGAGAGGGUAAAUUCAGAGAUGGUAUCCUCAAGCACAAGCGUUGUGGUGGAGGAGGUGGUGGUGGCACAGGAGUCAAGUGUAAUCCUGACUGAAAUGGACCAGGGUGUAGUUGACAGUCCACCUCAGCCUACCACAGAUCCCGAUGAGCCGAAAGAACCACCACAACAGUCAGAAGAAUCUGUACCACAACUAGUGGAAUCAGCAGAGGGGUCACCAAAGAUUGAUGCAAUUGAAAAUGCGCAGGACCAAACACAGGAGGAUAUGAGGGAGUUGGAGACUUCUCUCCAAACAGCACAGAAUUCAGUGAAGGAGCUUGAAGCUGCCCUUGAAGCAGAGAAGCAGUCAAGGGGAGAAAGGGAAGCUGAGAUAACUGCUCAGCUAAUCUCCCUACAACAGCAGUUAGAGGAUGCCAAAGGGAAAGAAGAUGUCCUCAAAGAGGAGAUCUGUAAGAGGGAAGAGCAGUUGAAAGAGCUUCGUGUCAGUCUGGAAGCUGAGAAGGACGACCUGGAAGAGCGCCUGAUGAAUCAGCUGGCCGAAAUCAAUGGCAGCAUUGCUGGCUACCAGCAAGAGGCCGCUGACAGCAGGGACCGCUUAGCUGACCUCCAGCGAGAAGUUGAGAGGCUGGAGCGUGAACGGGCAGAGUUGGAAGCGCUGGUAGAGAACGAGAAAGAUCGAGGAUGCAGGUUAGAGGAGGACAAACGUCAGGCGCAGAGGGAGAGAGCUGAGGCAGAGGCAGAGACAGGGAAACAAAGGGAGCUGGAGCAGAAGCUGAAGUCCGCCCAGAGGGUGAAGGAGGGAAGCCAGAGCCGAGCGCGACAGCUGGAGGAGCUCCUUAGAGACAAGCAGCUGGAGGUGCGGCAGAUGCAGAAAGACUGCAUUCAGUACCAGGAGAGAAUCAGCGAGCUCGGCAAAGAGACCAAAGCCCUGCUUCUGAUCAGAGAUGAGGUCAAAUCGGAGCUGGAGUCCUCCCGCCUGGAGACCGCAGAUGCACUUGAGGAGAAGGCCAAGACAGAGCAGGAGCUGUCUGAAUGCAAAGGGAAGUUGGAGGAGACUCAAAAAGCAGCCAUUCAGGCACAAUCAGAGAGCACUGCCUUAAAAGAGGCAGCACUUAAACGCGAGGCCAAAAUCAAAGCUGAGGCUGAGGAAACUCUAGAUGAGGUGAGGUACCGUCUGGGUGCGGAGAUGAAACACCUUGAGCUCCAACUGGAAGAGUCAUACCGGGAACGGGAAAGGGACGAAGAGGUGAUCCAGGGGGUUCGACACACCGCUGAUGUCGCCAAGAGAGAGGCCCAGGAAAUGCAGGCCAGACUGGAUGAGUCUCUGGCACGACUGACUGCAUUCUCACGUUCCAUGUCCUCUCUGCAAGAUGAUCGAGACAGAGUGAUGGAUGAGGCACAGCAGUGGGAAAACCGUUUCCGCAGCACCCUCCAGGGGAAGGAGGCAGAAGUGCAGGAAGCAGAGAAAAAGGCUCAUGAUAUGAGUGUACAACUGCAGAAGGAAACCACAAAAAAAGACGAGCUGCAGGUGUCACUAGAAAGACUACAGAAAGCAGAAGUGGAGUGGCAGGCCAGAUGGGACGAAGUGGAAAAGAAGCACAGCGAGAGCAUGGCCGCUCUGGAGAAGGAGCGAGGGGACCUGAAGGAGUCCCUUACCCAGGCAGAGAGCUCCCUGGCCCAGGCACGCUCCCAGCUCACCUCCCUGGAGACAGAGGUGGAGGGCCAGCGCCCCAGGACCAGCGCUCUGGAGGAGGCUGUGGGGAAGCUGCAGGGAGCCCUGAACGAGGCCAGGGUAGAGCUAAGGGAGAAGGAGGCGGAAGAACGGAGGCUGGGCCUGAGUCUGGAGCAGCUGGAGACAGAUCUGCGGUCCUCCAAGAACCUGACGGAGUCGCUGCAGGCUGAACUGAGUGAGAAGGAGAAGCGAGAAGUUGAACUUCUGGGGGAGAAAGAUCAGGCAGUGACUCAGGCUGUGGAGGAAGCCAGGAGGGAAGCAGACCUGAGAGCGGAGAUGGCUGAGAAGGAGGUGGAGGAAAGGAGAGAGGAGGUGCGAGACCUGAAGGAGAAGCUGCGUAAGGCUGAGGAGGACAUCAAACACAGCAAAGCCCGUCUGGAGGCCUUCACCAAGGCUAUGGGCUCCCUGCAAGACGACCGGGACCGGGUGCUUACCCAGUACAAACAGCUAGAGGAGCGCCAUCUGCAGGUUAUGAUGGAGAAGGACGGCCUCAUCCAGGAGGCCGCAGGGGAGAACAACAGUCUGAAGGAGGAGACCCGACGGCUGCUGGUCCAGCGUGACGACCUCCACGCAGAGAAGGCCCAGCUGGCCGCCAAGCUCCACAGCUACAGAGACGAGCUGAACCAGGUGCUCAGCAUGAAGGACUCCCAGCACAGGCAGCUGCUGGCCGGCCAGAGGGAGCAAAUCAGCACCUUGGAGCGGGAGAAGCAGGAGCUGGAAGCAGUGGUGCGGGACCUGGGCAGCCGGCAGCAUCUCGGCGGGGAUGCUGUGGAGGAAGACGGGGUGAUGGCGGUCGAGAGGGAGACUCUGAGCCGCUCGAGCGCUGAGAGGAGGCAGGAGGUGCGGGACGCCCCUGGCGCGGAGGUGGAGAAGCUGAGGGAGCAGCUGGAGGCGGCCAGGGAACGGGCGGAGGACCUGGAGGAGACGCUGACGAUGGAGCGGGAGGUGCAGGCGACCGACUCCAAGGAGCUGAGCGAGCUGCGCUGGGAGGGCGGCGUGCUGCGGACGGAGACGGAGACGGCGGAGGAGCGGGUGGCAGAGCUGGCGCGCGACCUGAUGGUGAUCGAGCAGAAGCUUCUGGAAGAGAGGGAGGCGGCGGCGAAGCUACGGGCGGAGAAUGAGGCGUUCGGGCGCGCCAUGAGCUCGCUGCAGGACGCCAGAGACAGGGCAAUUAGUGAGGCCAGGGAGCUGAGGGGCAGGGUGGACGAGAUGGCGAAGGGAGGGCAGAAACCGCAGGCGCCCUCUAGUGGUGGCUCCACGGGAGAGGUGUGGGGUCUGAAGAACGCCCUCUCUGCCCUGCAGAACGAGAGAGAGAGACUGUUGGAGCACUUGCAGAGGCAGGAUGCUGAGCUGACCCUGCUACGCUCCGGGGACGUAGCCAAAUUCAUCCAGGAGCUAGCGGAGGAGAGGAAGAAGGCUACAGAGAAGGUGGAGAGGCUGGGUAGAGAGAUGAAGGAGAAAGAUGCCCAGCACGAGAUGGCCAAUCAGGAACUAGAGGUGCUUAGGCUGGAGCAGGUGGACUGGCAGGACCAGGCGGAGCUCCUGAAGCAGCAGACGCUCACCACCCUGUCCGACCGAGACCAGCAGCUGCGCCAGAUGACGGCCAUGCUGGAGGAGGCCCGGGCCCAGCAGCCCAAAGUCAUGCAGGAACAGGAACAGUACCAGAGAGAGGAGAACCUGGCAGACAGCGCCCCUGGAGGUCCUCAGGAGAAGAGUGAGAACUACAGGGCAGAGGUCCUGGAGCUUCAGCGAAGGUUGGAUGAAGAGCUGGAGCAGAGGACAGCAGUUGAGGAGCAGCUCAUGGCAGCCCAGGAUCGCCUCGAACGGUUUGCACAGGCUGAAUGGCAGUCUGCACCAGAGGGUCGAUUCUCUGAGACGGCUGUCCUCAUUGAUCCACCAGAGGGUGCUGUAAUACGGGGUCGGAGUGGUGGACCAGGCCUGGUUAGAAUGCUGAGGGCAGGGUUCUGCUCUCGCCAGCGCACCCCUCUGCUCGUGUCUCUGUACCUGCUGACCGUGCACGUGCUGCUACUCAUGUGCCUGGGAGGCUACCUGUGAGAGAGCGCCACCUAGGGGUCAGAGAGAUGAACAAACACCAGCAAGACCUCAGAAAUGAUGGUUAUGUACAAACCUAAGGGCCAUAUUAUUCCCGCUCCACCUAGAUUUGAUGUCAAGUCAGUUGGAGGGUGGACUGCUAACAUUGUCCUUGGCCUUUCAGAACUACUAAAUUCAGGUUAUAAUGUGUAAUCAAAAAACACCAAAUUAGCAGUGUAGAUAAGAUAAAUUAGUAUACAAAUUUGAAAUAGAUCAAAUAAAAACUUAAGUUUAAAACUUAAACUUAAUAAAGAUAAGCACUGCAGCUGUGCACUACCUCAAGAUCCAUUUCCUUGCCUGCGUUUGGGCACUUCCACACAUUUUAUGAAGGGAUGGCAGUCUGAACCUAUAAAUGUCACACCUACCAGGCUUGAGCAAGAACUGUGAACACUUUCUUGUAUAUUAGGCGCCUUGGGAUUUUAGUAAAGGAGGCACUGAGCUUCACGGUUUGUUCAUCUCUCUCCUUCCCGCUCUUCCCUCUUUGCUCACAACCAGCCAUCACUUCCAGCUGCACAAAAGAACACCGUCACAUGAA